CCGUAUUGCGCAUUUCUUGCAGACGAUGUCUCAGAACAUGGAUAUUCUGCGGCAUUUCCAAAAUUUGUCCUGGUGUAAACCCGACUGGUGCUUCCCUACUAUGACUAAAGAGACAAUUCAGAUGCUCCAUCAAUGUAUGAAAGAAGUAAAUGAGGUGAAUUUUAUAGACAAUGUGGAUGAAAUCAUUAAACGGAGCAAAACUUUUCCUGUACCAUUUCCUAUUGAGUCUGUAAGGUUAGAAAAGCUAUUAGUAAGGAGACCUAUAGAGAAGCUGAGUAAGAACAUUGUUUCCACUUACCCACUUAUACAUGAGAGAGUAGUACUCUUGAUGACGCACUUCCUGUUGUACAAAAGGGAAUUCGGUUCCAGUAUAGAGAAAGCGUUCUACAAGGACAUGACAGUGCCAGAACUGGUGGAUAGAUUACUGAAGAAGCGAGCUGUCGCUUUUUUUGGCCGCUGGGAUUAUUACAAAUUGCUCUCGGGAGAAGAGGAUGUGCUGUUCCUAGGCUUAGGUGAGUGGAAGGUAUCGCACCAUCAACCAGAUGUAUACGUUUUAACGUUUCUGGAGAGGAUACGGGCCUUUCUCAAGAAAGAGAUGAUUGACCAUGUCUCCGAUGUUAAUUUUUCAUAUAUCAAGGCAACUAAGAGCGUAAAAGCUUUGUUCACAAAUUCAUCAAGUCCAGAAGUUGAAUCAACGUCAAAGAAAGAAAAAAGGAUAUUCUUCGAAAGCAAGCGGCACCCGAGAGGUGGCAUAAACGUGCAGUUGAAGAACCGAGAGCCGUCGUCAAAACUGACGGAGGAACAUGAAGGGAAGCUACUUGUGAUGACUUAUCCGUGGGAUGGUAAUGCGCAUCCUGGUAAUGAAUUUUGGCUAGGUAGCCUCGACAGUUCUGGUGACCCGGCCGCGGCGUGCUCCACACAAGUAUCAGAAUUACACAAUGCGCACGUUAACCCUGCAGUUUGCUCUAACAAUGCCAAAGUAGCCGGCCGGUACGGCAUCGAAUCUUUGCCGGAUUAUUGUGACAAAUUUGUUAGAUUGCAGUAUAGUAAUUAUACAGACUGAAGGAAUGAAUUCAUCGCCUUUGCCGACAAUGGACGUAACAUAAAAUUUAGCAGAAAACAAAAUUAAUUUAUGUAGAUCAAAUUGGAAUUUCAUUUAAAUAUUUAAGUCGUCUAAAUAUUACGUUACGGCCGUUGUAAAAGACGAAUUAUUGGGUUAGUCCUGGCAUUCAAACCAUGGUCACAUAAACGAUCAGAUUGUUAAAUCGUUCUGCACAAGUUAUAUGGCGGCCGCGAUAGCAACAUUAUGUCGACAACCUGUGUGCACUUCGAAGCUUGGUCUAGCUCCUGUCUGCCAUGUAAAUUUUUUUUUUAAUUUCUCAAAAUGGCGGCUACGCACAAAUCCUAUGUAAACUGGCAUUUAUAUAAUAAUGAUGUCAAAAUAUCGCAUAAAGGGAAUUGAUUCAAAUAAUGUCUAUAUUGAAGUAGGCAGAUAAAUGUCGACACAUUUCGUAAUCAUGUUGCAGUCAUUGCGGUUAAUGCCGCACCUAGUGUUGCGUACCUACGGAACCGCUUAUUACCUUGCGGUAGAUAAUCUAUUCAUUUAUAAACGUAGUUUCAAAGGAGAUAAAACGGUAACUUUAAUAGCUUAUUCUUUCCUUUGAAAAACUGUCAUGAAUCUUUUCUUUGGUUUAUUAAGUCUAUAGAACCUCAAAUGGCUUUGGUUGAUUCCACGUAACAGUGAAAGUGUUGAAGCAAUCACCUUGGAAAAAAAUAUAUAGUAAAAUUGUGGAUAUACACUGAUAUGUAUAUGGUGUGAAAACCCGAUGCCUAAAAAAUUUCAUUAUAGAAUAAAACCACAAUUUUACCUCGAAAUUUUACAAGAAAACCGCGUUAUUCGAUAGGUACUUUACACAUACCAGUGAUUUUUUUUUAUAUCAGCUGAACUAAAUAGAACAUUAUCACUAGUA